CCUAUGUGCAAAACAGUCCAGCAUUUCAAAUAUCAACAGUUGGUUGUGCAAAUAUGGGAAUCCUUAAAAUCUAGUGUUAUAUGGAUAAUCAAGUGAUCGAAACAUUAAGAAACAUAGUGAUACCGCCAAAAUAAAAACUCAACUCUUCAUAUAUAAAUUUCUAUCAUAGUUGGUAAGUUAUAUUUCCAACAUAUGGUAAAAUCAACUUUUUUCAAUUUUAAUUUUUCUGGAUUUUUGAAGGCAUUAUUCUAAGCUCACUAUGAUACUUCGUUACGAGACCAUUGCAGCUUUGGCUUGCAUGAAGAGCUUCCUUAUGGUGUUCAACUUUGUGUUUUGGCUAUCUGGGAUCAUCAUUCUGAUAGUUGGUAUAUGGAUGGAAGUUGAUCUUCACAAAUAUACAGAAUUAAGUACUCAAUACUCUAAUGUUAUUCCUUAUGUUUUGAUUGCAAUUGGUGGCACUAUUUUCCUUAUUGGUUCGUUUGCCUGCUGUUGUACUUUAAAGGGACAUCCAGUUCUCCUGUAUAUUUAUAGUGGGAUCCUAACCAUUGUUUUCAUUCUCGAAUUGGGCUGUUGUGUUUCAAUUUAUAUUUACCGCAUGAAGCUCAUGGAAGGUUUCGAUGAAGGGAUAACUAAUGUAAUGAACAAUUAUCACAACAAAAAUUCACAUAUCGCUUCGGACUUUGACUAUAUACAGCAUACGUUGCACUGUUGUGGAAAUCAUAAUGCAAGUGAUUGGUUAAACGUGAAUCCUCCGAUAAUUCCAGAGUCAUGUUGUAUCGAAGAAAAUUGUAAUACUGAUGAUGAAACUCAAAUUUUUGAAAAGGGAUGUUAUGAAAGGGUUGAAAUAUUCUUGAACGCCAACAUCAGAUCUAUAGCUAUAAUAGCCACGAUUGUAGCUUUGUUUCCACUAAUGGGAUUGAUUUUGUCAUACUGCCUUGCUCGUUUAUUGAAUAAACACAAAUAUGAGCAGAUGGCCUGAGAAGGAUUUUUUUUUCAAUAUCUUUAAUUAGAUUUCCGUAUUUAAAAUAAUCCAAAUAUUUAUAAGAAUUAUCUAAAACAUGUAUCAAGAAAUACUGCAAUUAAAUAUAUACCUA